GGGGCCCUGCGCAGUUUACCAGGAGGUUCCACCUUGCUAUGAGAAGCCAAGAUGGAUCCAGAAGAACAGGAUUUACUUGGAGAUUACAGAUACAGGAAUUAUUCUUCAGCCAUUGAGAAAGCUUUGAGGAACUUUGAAUCAUCCAGUGAAUGGGCAGAUCUGAUCUCUUCCCUUGGCAAACUCAAUAAGGCUCUUCAGAGUAACCUGAAAUAUUCUCUGCUGCCCAGAAGAUUGAUCAUCAGUAAAAGAUUAUCCCAGUGCUUGCACCCAGCCCUGCCCAGUGGGGUGCAUUUAAAGGCUUUAGAAACCUAUGAAAUAAUCUUCAAAAUCAUUGGCACAAAAUGGCUUGCCAAGGAUUUAUUCUUGUACAGCUCUGGCUUGUUCCCUCUGCUGGCAAAUGCAGCAAUGUCAGUGAGACCUGUUCUUCUUGGCUUGUAUGAGAAAUAUUUUCUCCCUCUCCAAAAAUCCCUCCUGCCUGGUCUCCAGGCCUUUGUCAUUGGGCUGCUGCCUGGCUUGGAAGAAGGAUCAGAAAUUUAUGACAGAACAGAUGCUCUGCUGGUGAAGCUGUCCCUGCUGAUGGGCCAGGAGGUGUUUUAUGGAGCUCUUUGGGGCAGUGUCCUGGGCAGCCCCUCCAUCAGGCUCCCUGCUUCCCUCUUCGUUGUCAGCCACAUCAACAGGGAACUCUCUGGCAAACAGCAGAAAUUCAUGCUUGGCACUGAUUACAAACUCACAAUAAAGUCUUUGUGUGUGUCAGUGCUGGAUUCAAAUGUCCUUGUGCAGAGGAACACUCUGGAAGCAAUCCUCUUCUUUUUCCCAUUUUAUACAGCUUUGGACAGCAAGGAAAGCACCAUCCUGUUGAGAAGGGCUGAUCUGGUUUAUAUCCUGUCAGCAGCCACUCAGACACUGCUGAGGAGAGACAUGUCCCUCAACAGGAGAUUGUAUGCAUGGCUGCUAGGCUCUGAUAUUAAAGGUGGCACUUUUGCUCCAGACUCCACCACUUCUGAAGAGCAUGCUGUGUAUUUCUUUGGAAAAUACUCUAAAGAUCUUUUGGUUGAGAGCUUGAUUGUGAUUCUGCACCAGAAAUUCCCGGAGUCUGACCCAGAGGAACAGCACCAGGCUUAUCUCAAACCCUUCCGGAUCCUCAUCAGCCUCCUGGACAAACCUGAAAUAGGGCCACAGGUUGUUGGGGAUCUGUUCCUGGAAGUUCUUAGAGCUUUUUAUUCCUACUGCAAAGACACCCUGGGUUCUGAUCUCAAACUCAGCUACAAUCAAAGUGGCAACAUCCUGGCAAGUGCAAUCAAAGAGAACAAAAAUGCUUCAGAAAUUGUCAAAACAGUGAAUUUGUUGAUCACAUCCUUAAGCACUGAUUUCCUCUGGGAUUACCUGACCAAAUGCUUUGAAGAUUGUUUCAGAAACAAAUCCACAGGGAUGAGGUAUCCUCUGGAAAGUGUGAGCACUCCUCCUACCAUCUCAGAGCUCUGCACACUGCUGGUGUUCCUGCUGGAUGUCAUUCCUUUGGAGCUCUACUCAGAGGUGCAGACUCAGUACCUGCCCCAGAUGCUCAGUUACAUGGUGCAGUCUCUCCUGGAAAACAUGGAAGUGUUGGGACUGCCAGAGCUCACUCAUGCGAAUUUAAAAUGGCAUUCUGCUGCCUUGUUACUCUCACUGGGUGUUCAGUUCUGGCCUAGCCCAGUGCCAAAGGAAGAUUUGGACAUAACCCUGGAGACCAAAUCUGUGCUGCAGGAGGAGGAGGAGGCUCCAUUCCCUCCCCUCAAGUCAGAGGACAGUGGCAUUGGCCUGAGUGCCUCCUCCCCAGAGCUGUCCCAGCACCUGGGGGUGCCCACGGUGACCCUGGAGAGAGAUGAUGUCUGGAAAAAAGGAGGGAGCAUCCAAAAAACUCUGUAUUGCAUCCAGGAGCUGGUUGCCAAAUUUUCCAGCAAAUACAUUUUUGGGAUGCAGCUCCAAGAAAUGAGCCCUGAUGGGAUUGCAGCGAUAAAUGUGAGUGGGAAGGAGAAAAAGGAGAAUGGCUACAGGUUCCCUGAGAGUGGCAACAAGAAGAAGAGUCCUUGGGAUGCCAAGCAAAUCACUGUGCCUCAGGUGAAACAAAUGCUCUCAGAGCUGUUCUCAGCCCGGGGCUCGCCCUUCAGGAGCAAGAAUUCCACUCCUCUCCUCUCUGAGCACAGCUCUGGUCACAAAAAGGAGAAGGAGGAGGAGGAGUGGGACUUGGAGCUGGUGUUGGGACCCCUCAGAGGUGACUGCAAGGAAGCUUUCUCUGCAGCUUGUCACCUGCUGCUGGACUGCACCACAUUCCCAGUUUACCUGUCCGAGGAGGAGAUGGAACAGUUGUACCUCUCCCUGUUUCAGGGGCCUGCAGGAGGUGAUGCCAGCUUCCCUCUGUGGCUGAAGUCCCUGAUGACAAUCUGCUGCUGUGUCAACGACUGCUACGUGCAGAACGUGUCCAUCUUCACCCUCCUGGAGGUCAUCAACCACUCCCAGUCCCUGGCCCUGGUGAUUGAGGACAGGAUGAAGAGGUACAAAGUGUCUGGCCACAACCCUUUCCUUGGCAAGCUGCAGAUGGUCACCCUUCCUCCCAUUGCUCCUGCAGUCCUGAAGAUGAUCUCAGAGAAAACAGAUUUCUACCAGAGAGUUGCCUGUGUGCUCUGGAAUCAGCUGAACAAGGAGACUCGGGAGCAUCACAUUGCCUGUGUGGAAUUGUUCUACAGACUUCACUGCCUGGCUCCCUCAGCAAAUAUCUGUGAGGACAUCAUCUGCCAGGCCCUUCUGGAUCGGGAUAAAGGGACAAGGCUGGAAGCUCUGUUCAGAUUCUCUGUCAUGUGGCACCUGACCAGAGAGAUCCAAGGCAGCAGAGUGACUUCCCACAAUCGUUCCUUUGAUAGGUCCCUGUUUGUGGUGCUGGACAGCCUGAACUGCUCGGACGGGGCCAUCGGGGCGGCGGCUCAGGGCUGGCUGAUCCGGGCGCUGUCCCUCAGCGACGUGGCGCGGAUCCUGGAGCCUGUGCUGCUGCUGCUGCUGCAGCCCCGCACCCAGCGCACCUCCAUCACCUUCGUCAAGCACAGCAGCUCCCCAGGCUAUGUUCAUGAUUGGCUUUGCAAGAAAAAGGCCCCUCUGAAAGAGUCUGGCAUCUCUGAGAGCAAUUCUGAGGAAAACCUUCCUUUGAGCCAGUUCACUACUGUGGACAGAGAAGCAAUUUGGGCAGAGGUGGAAAACGAUCCCGAGACAGCAGAGCUGAAAGCGGAGCAGCCUGAAAACGCCGGAUCUCCCCGGGACACGGAGGGCGAGCAGGACAGCAGCGAGCACACCGAGUCUGCAGACACCAGCACGGGCCACGACAGCGACAACACCUCCUCCUUCUCCCCUUCCCUGGAGCUGCAGGAGGUGGGCAAGGAGGACAGCGAGGCCCCGAGCCGCGGGAAUUCCCUCAGCGCCUCCCUGUCCGAGAGCUCCAGAUCCAGCGCCGGGCCCCGCCUCGUGAGGGCCGACUCCGAGAGGACUCAGGCCUCGGAGUCUCUGUCCAGCGACGAGGAGGUGGACUUGGAGCUGCAGGAAAUCAGCCACUGCAGGCUGCUGAAGCAGCAGAAGGAGAAGCAGGAGCUGGCAGAGGCCCUGUUCAAGCACAUGCUGCUGUACUUGCAGCCCUACGACUCCCGGCGGGUGCUCUACGCCUUCUCCGUGCUGGAGGCCGUGCUGAAAACCAACCCCAAGGAAUUCAUCGAGGCCGUGGCCACCACCAGCAUGGAUACCAGCUCCACGGCGCACCUGAACCUCAUCUACAACCUCUUGGCUCGCCACCAGGAAGCUCUGGUAGGGCAGAGCUUUUAUGGGAAGCUGCAGCCUCAGUCUCCCACGGUGUGUCCCCACUCCCUGCUGAUCGAGCUGCUCACCUACCUGUGCCUGAGCUUCCUGCGCUCCUACUACCCCUGCCGCCUGCAGCUGGGCCACAGGGACCUGCUGGCCAACAGGGACGUGCAGGUGAAGAGCGUGGAGGUGCUCAUCAGGAUGAUGGCCCAGCUGGCCGCCACGGCCAAGGCGGCCGAGCCCAAGAGCGUGGAGUUCAUCCGGGAUUUGCUGGGAAGGUGCAAAGUGCAGGAGUUCGUGCUGCUCUCGCUCUCGGCCUCCAUGUACGUCAGCCGCAAACGCUACCGGCUGCUCGUGGCCGACGGGCCCGGCCGCGGCGCUGAGGAGGAGCUCUUCGAGGAGAACCUCAUCAAUUUCGGCCACGACCAGAUCUGGAGCGAGCACCCGCUGCAGAUUGAGCUGCUGAAGCUGCUGCAGGUGUUGAUUGUCUUGGAGCACCACCUGGGCCAGAGGCCUGAGGAGCAGGAGAACCAGCCAGACCUCUCCAAGGAGUGGCAGCAGGCUGUGAACUUCCAGCAGGCCAUCGGGGCCAUGCAGUACGUGUACCCACAUCCCAUCACUUCCCAGGGGCUGUUUGUCUCUGCCGUGGUCAGGGGGCUGCAGCCCGAGUACGGCCAUGGCAUGCAUCCCGCUUGGGUGGGCUUGGUCACCAGUUCCCUGCCCUAUUUUGGGAAGUCCUUAGGCUGGACCGUGGCCCCGUUUGUGGUGCAGAUCUGCAAAAACCUGGAUGAGCUUGUCAAGCAGUAUGAAAAUGAAGCUGUGAAGACGUCUGCCAAAACAUCUGCCAGCUUCACUUCUAAAAGAGAAAAUGUGACUCCUGAUUACCCCCUGACCCUUCUGGAAGGGCUGACAACCAUCGGGCACUUCUGCCUUCUGGAUCAUCCCAAUCCAACCAAAAAGUCAUCCUGUUCAGCUGAACCUGCCAACCUGAGGAAUGCCAGGAAUGCCAUCCUGGAGGAGCUGCCUCGAAUUAUGAACACCAUGAGCCUCCUCUGGAGCGUCAUAAAGAGGGAAGACUCCCAAAAGAGACCAACUGACUUCUUUGGGACAACUAAAGGCUCUUCUUCAGUCUACUUUAAAGCAACCAAAACACUGAGAACAAAAAUAUUGGACUUCCUGAAUCCCUUGACAGCACAACUUGGGGUCCAGCUGAUGGCAGCAAUUGCAGCAGUGUGGAACAGCAAAAAACCUCACAGGAGUCACAAUAAAACCAAGAUUCUCCCAGUGGCCAGUGCAUCCCAGCUCAUUCUCGUGGACUUAAUUUGUGCCCUGAACACACUGAAAAUUGACACCAUAUUAAAUCUGGUCAAAGAGGUGGUCAAGAAACCAGCACAAAUCAAGGGGGAAGAGAAAUCUUCUCUCGUGGAUAUCCCAGUGCUGCAGUUCAGUUAUGCUUUCAUUCAGAGACUCCCUGUCCCAGCCCUGCAGGAGAACUUCCAGCCCUUGUUAGGGCUCCUCAGAGAGUCUGUGCAGCUGAACUUGGCUCCUCCUGGCCACUUCCUUCUCCUCAGCACCCUGAAUGACUUUGUGACAAGGACACCCACCCUGGAAAACAAAAAGGAUCAGAAAGACCUGCAGGAGGUGACCCAAAAGAUCCUGGAGGCUGUGGGGACCAUUGCUGGUUCUUCCCUGGAACAGACCAGUUGGCUGAGCAGGAACUUGGAAGUGAAAGCUCAGCCUCAGAUUUUACCAGAUGAAUUCAACGUGGAGGAUGUCAAUGAUACAUCAGUGGCACCAUCUUCAAUGGUUUCUGCCUCUGCUCCUUCAAUCUACAGCGUCCAAGCCCUUUCUCUCCUUGCAGAGGUUCUGGCCUCGCUGCUGGACGUGGUGUACCGCAGUGAUGAGAAGGAGAAGGCCGUGCCCCUCAUCUCCCGCCUGCUCUAUUUUGUUUUCCCCUACCUGCGGAACCACAGUGCCUACAACAUUCCCAGUUUCCGUGCUGGUGCUCAGCUGCUCAGCUCCCUGAGUGGAUACGCCUACACCAAGAGAGCCUGGAAAAAAGAAGUCCUGGAAUUGUACAUGGAUCCAUCUUUUUUCCAGAUGGACACUUCCUGCACUCACUGGAGAUCCAUCAUUGAUCAUCUCCUCACACAUGAGAAAACCAUGUUUAAGGAUUUGAUGACCAUGCAGAGCAGUGCCCUGAAGCUGUACCCCAGCUUUGAGCAGAAGGCCAUGCUGCUGAAGCGCCAGGCCUUCGCCGUCUUCAGCGGGGAGAUCGACCAGUACCACCUGUACCUGCCCCUGAUCCAAGAACGCCUGACCGAGAACCUCCGUGUGGGCCAGACUUCUCUGGUGGCUGCUCAGAUGUUUCUCUUCUUCAGAGUUCUUUUGCUGAGGAUUUCCCCACAGCAUCUCACCUCCUUGUGGCCAAUCAUGGUCACAGAACUGAUCCAGACAUUUCUACAGCUGGAGGAAGAUUUAACUGAGGAAGAGGAACCAGCAAAGAACAACAGCAAAAUCAGCAAAGCCAAAGGCUCUGGGGAUGGCAGUGGGGCUGAGAUCCAGCCCAGCGAGCUGUGCCUGUACCUGGCAGCCUGCAAAUUCCUGGACACUGCUCUUUCCUUCCCCCCUGACAGGAUGCAGCUCUUCCAAAUGUACAAAUGGGCCUUUGUGCCAGAGGUGGACACAGAAUCAUCUCCUGCCACCUCUCACCUGGUGGAAAACCACCAGGAAUGCCAACCACACAUCGUGAGGAUCAUGGAUCUGCUCAAGAUGAAAUAUGGGGAGCCAAAGCACCCCGAGGGAAUUCCCAGGAAUCCCAAAUUCCCCCUGCUGACGCUGCACUCUGUGUCCAGCAUCACCCAGCUGAUGCCUUUCUUCCAGACUCUGUGCUGGGCAUUCACAGCCCGUGGCACUGACUCCCAAAAUUCCCAGCCCUCUGCAGCUGCUUCCAUGGAUUCUCUCAGCAGCAACAGCAUCAGGAUCCUGCAGCAGCUGGAGGACAGCGUGGAAUGGGAUUUCCUGGAAAAUAUGGAAAGCUGAACCUCACCUGGGACACUCCUGCUGGAUCAACAGCAAACACAGGGAAAGCCUGGCUGAAAUUCCUUCUUUUCCCCCCAAGAUUUCCAGCUACAUUUUGGGAUUUCUCCUUGCUGUUGCAGAGUGCUCUUCAAAUUAUUCAGGAGCUGGUGGUAAAAAGCAGGAAUGUCCAGUUCCUGUGGUGGGAAAAAAGGGCAGUUUGGUGGGAAUUUCUCCGAGUUCCUGUGUUUUAUUUGUUUUCCGUGGGAAGGAUUAAAGACAUUUUGUAAAUAAGGGAAGAAUAUUUUGGACUUGGUGGAAGCAGCAACUGCUCUGGGACUUCUCCAGUACUUGAAAGUGAUUUUGGAGCUGUGUCCUGAAGGAAAGUUGAAGGAAAAUCCAAUAUUGCAUGUCAGUGUACAAUCAGUUUGCAGUGAGUCGUUUCCUGAGGUGAAAGCCCUUUAAUUUGGCCUAAAUUGAUCAAAUUCUGAACAAAUCCCCCAAAUUCCUCACAGAUGGAUUUCCUAAGUCUCAGCAUCGUGCAAAGAGCUGCAGCUUUGCCCUGGCUGUAAUUUCAGCUCUGUGCUAGAACAGAAUCUUCAGGCUUAGCAAUUCCUAAUGAAUCAGAAGUGUGCAUAAAACACAAACCUGUGUAGGAACAUUUUGUAAUUAGCAUUACUUGAGCGGGGUUUGAUUUUAAUUAAUCGAUUAAAAUAUUUAAAUUCCUAUUUUUUAAAUUAAAAACUUCCAUUCUUUCAGUGACUCAGGUGGCUGCAGCUUCUGAAAUGCAACUAAAUGAAGAUAAUGCUGUAAAAAUAGAAACUGCUUAACUAAAAUGAAAAUAAUAUUCUUUUUUUUUUUUUUUUUAAGAACAUUUUUUUGUACAAAAGAAUGUAUUUGGUCAUUCCUGGAUGGUGAGAGAGGUAGGGAGAUCAUCCCAGUGCUUUUUCUAAAUUAAAAAGGGAAAAUUAAAAUGGGAAAUGUUUGGUUGGGAGUGAGGGGUUUCUUUCUCUCAAGCUCCCAUAACAAACACAGGAGGCUUUUCUGCAGUGGCUUUUAGGUACAGAUGGACGAGAUUUUUCAUCUUGGGUUUAUAAAUUAAAAUAAUGGAACAUCCUUUCCUCUCCUACUGGAAUACUGCAAAAAAAUAAUACAAUAGGAUUGUGCUAAACUUCUUUAAAUCCUCUGCAUUUUCACAGUGGAGGAAAGUGGUGGGCUGAGGUGUGGUCAUUGAGAAUGUGAAUUAUUUCUAUUAAUAUAAUUUAUUAAUGGUCUCUAAUGCUGUUGGAAUGAGCACAAGUGAAAAGUUACCCUUUGAAAGUGUUACUUGAAUAUUGGAGCAGGCCACUUUUAAAAUGUUGGUGUUCAUUUCCUACCUAUCUUCAAUAAUUUUUAUGGAUAAGCUGAACACUCAGGAUGGUUUGGUACUUGUAUUUUCAGUUUCCUGCUGGUUGAAUUCCAUACUUGGAUAUUUCCCUUAAAAUGCUGAUAAAGGAGAGUAGGAUUUGAUGGGAUGUUGGGCAGGAAUUGUUCCCUGGCAGGGUGGGCAGGGGCUGGGAUGGAAUUGCCAGAGCAGCUGGGGCUGCCCCUGGAUCCCUGGCAGUGCCCAAGGCCAGGCUGGACAUUGGGAGCUCCUGGGACAGUGGGAGGUGGCCCUGCCAUGGCAGGGCUGGGAUUGGGUGGGAUUUAAGGUCCUUUCCAACCCAAACCAUCCCAGGAUUCUGUUAUUCCAUGAUUCUAUCAAAUGGCUGCUAAAAUCUAAGACAACUUUUUGCCAUUAAGCUGCUUUCAGUGGCCUCAAACAUUUAAGGGACUUGCAGAAUCCUUCCACUUCAAAAGAAAAAGUUCUUUAAUGUUAAAUAUCCAAGCAGACCUUUUGUAAUUAUAAAGAAUGUGAAAAAGGAAGAAAGGGCUUUAACUAAAAGUCCUGCUUGAGAGGUGGAGGGGCACAGGUCCAUGGGCCCAAAGGGGAAUAUUUUAUUCCUUUCUUCCAUAACUUUAUUACUUUUCCAUGUGGGACUAACUGUGGUUGUAUUCUCCUUAUGCUCCUACUGCUGAAUCCACCAAGGAAGCACAGCAGGGCUGUCCUGCUCUAAGCUGCUCCUGCCAAAGCAGAACAACCUCACUGCCCAUGAAUCUGGAAAUGUUUUUGCCUGGAAUUCCAGACUUUCUCUCCUUUUCCAGGAGAGGAAAUGCUUUUGCUUUGCUGUGUUUUUGCUUUUCAGUCUAACCAAGCUCAGCUUUAUCUUUUGGAUACUUCAGCUCCCAUACAGCAGAGCCACAGUGCAAAGAGACAGGCUUGGAAAUAUUCCAAAGGAUUUCGUUUUCCUGAAAGAAAAAAUCAGGAGGUAAACUGCUGAAGAGCAGCAGGACUUGAAGUGUAGAGCAUUAAGUGAUGGUUGUGUAUCCCAUACCGUACAUGAAUGUAAUUCUUCUAAUAAUAUUAAAUGUUAUUUUGCAAUGCCU